AUGGACCGCAAUUCAGCUUCUUCAUAUAACCAAUUUGGAAUCAAAAGAAUGAGAAUCUACGUACCGAAAACUAAAACAACGGACAAAACAAAUGAAUCUUUUCCAAGCGGCAGUUCGGAAGAAGAACCUUACGAUUGGUUUGGAAUGCAAUCAUUCGACAGCGUAAGGUCAGAAGAAGAAUCUUACGAUUCGAAUGAAGUGGAAUCACUCGACGGCGACAUGUUGGAAGAACUAUCUUUUGAUUGGAAUGAAGUGCAAUCAUUAGGCAACGACAGUUUGGAAGAACAAUCUUUUGAUCGGAAUGGAAUGGAAUCAUCCGACAGCGCCAUUUCAGAAGAAGAAUCUUUUGAUCAGAAUGAAAUGGAAGCAAUCGACAGCGACAUUUCGGAAGAGUCUUCCGAUCAGGAUGGAAUGGAAUCAAUCGACAGCGACAAUUCGGAAGAACAAACUUUCGAUUGGAUUGGAAUGGAUAUCGACGAUACUGCCGUGGAGUUUGCGAUUUUAUUCUACGAAAACGUUGGAACUUAUUAUGGCAAUAUCUUAGAAGAACAUAAAAUUUGGCAGCUGCACGAAUUCAAAAGAAAGUUCCGGAGCGCUGUGGAAGUGAAGCAUAUUCUCUUGACUGACAUCAUCGCUUUAUCAAUCAAGAACUACUCAUAUAAUCCAGAAUUAUUCGUCGAUUUCGUCGAGAUUCUAUUGGAGAAUGAACCUGAUUCAGACAUUCCAACAUUGACAAUACCUCAGUUGAAAUCAACCAUAGCAAUGUUGCUACAAAGCCUCGAUUUACGACGUCAAGCAAAAAAGGGAUUCUUGGUUCCUUUCCUCGCUAGCGCAAUGCAUCGAGACAUAAUAAAAUUCGAGGACAUCGAACAUUUGACCGAAAGUUUAAACGACGACAUCAUCCGCCACUUCGAUUAUAUGGAUGUUAUCGAAGAAGAAAUUAUCUUCAUGAAGGAGAUCUUUCAAAAUCCUGAAUUGUCGUCAACAAUUGCAAAUGCAUUGCCAUUAUAA